UGAUCUAUCGACAAGUUCGAUUUAACUAAAAUUAUAUUUGAGUUUAGGCAAAAUUAGUCUAUGGGAGUCCCUGCUGGAGAUGUUGAAAAAGGCAAAAAACUUUUCGUCCAACGUUGCUCUCAAUGCCAUACUGUUGAAGCCGGUGGCAAGCACAAAGUUGGUCCAAACUUGAAUAAGCUUUUCGGACGUAAAACUGGUCAAGCACCUGGAUUCAGCUAUACUGAUGCUAACAAGGCAAAGGGCAUUACUUGGGGUGAUGAUACGCUUUUCGAAUAUCUCGAGAAUCCCAAAAAAUACAUCCCAGGAACAAAAAUGGUGUUUGCUGGUCUCAAAAAGCCUCAAGAUCGUGCUGAUUUGAUUGCUUAUCUCAAGUCAGCCACUAAAUAA